GCUCAUUAUCUUCUGACGUCGUCGCUCAUGAAUAGAGAGGGUCGACUUUGCCGGAAGAUGAGGAAGCGACUCGGAAAUUCGGAGUGUGGUGCUGCUCUCUUUGUAAGAGCGUGAGGGCGAAAAGACGGAGGGAGGAGAGAGCGAUCACUGAUGCAGAGAAAUGCGUAGGUCGUAAGGUAAGCGAUGGGUUCGAGAAGACUUGCUUGACUUUGUCGGAGUCCUCAAUUAUGCCAAUAGUGUCCAAAGCCCACACAGGUCGCAUCGCUGUGGUCCCGUCGAGUCCUGGACUGCUCGGGGAUUUGGCGGCGGGGUCCACAAUCGUGGCUCCAGAAACAUAUAUUUCUGGGCAUAGCCAGAUCACGAUCACGGUGGCCUGCGCAAUUGUUUCCCGAGCUCGUUCCUGAAGCCUGACACCCCACCUCGCCAGGAACGAAUCUCCGGCCAGGCAAGGGAAGGAAGCGAAGCGAAGGGAAGAAGGCAGACUGCAGCGCCAGCAGCAUCAACAACAACGCCUACUACUCACAACAGAAAGGGGAGAUGCAGUGGGGAUCCAGAUUCAGAUUUGAGGUUGAGAAGCAUGAUGAACAAAAGGACCACGAAUACUUACAGGGUGCUGCUGUUCAACUGGUGCGUGUGGAUACGGACGGUCAUCGCGUUCGCUUACUCCAAGGCAAGAGCAUAUCUGCGGAGUUUCUUCGUCCGGUCUGAAGAUCCUUGCAACCCUGGAUGGAUUCAGUCCAUACUCAGGCUCAAAUUCACUCAUCUUCCUCCCAUCGCUGGAAUUCAAAAAUCGGCGAGGACUCUUCAAGGCGGAGGACUUGUAGGUCUGCUUUACAGCAUUGAGCUUCGGUAUGGGAAGCGAGACUCUUCGGCCGGCUAUCCGCACUCUCUCGUGGUCAAACAAGGCAAAGACGAUUUCCAGAGUCGCUUGUCCACGGUGUUCGACGGAUCUGCCCGAGAAGCCUUAUUCUAUGAAAGCCUCGUGCCCAAAUAUGACAUCCUGUCCUCCUGCGUUCCCGAGGUGUAUUACAGUCGUGGAAGCCUUGUCACGGGCGAGUACAUUGUGGUGAUGGAAGACUUGCAAGGCGAAGCUGUGCCCACAGGCCAUUUGCUGGGAAAUCAAUGCUGGGGCGAUGUUCCCGUGCCAAUGAAGCUGGAAAUGCUGACGACCAGCGAGGUUCUGAGCACUACGUUCGCCAAGAUGGCCGACAUUCAUGCGCACUUCUGGAGGAGUAAGACUCUUUUGCAGAACGACUGGCUCAAGGGAGUUGCUUGGUGCCAGGGCCACGAGCAGUUGAGCUGGGAGGUGGCGAUGGAUAACAUGAGGACCAAAUGGGACAGGGUCGCCGACCACGGGGCUUUCACACCUCUGCUGAAGCAAACCAUCCAGACCCUCGUGGAAGGCACGACUUGGACGAGGUGGCAGACAUUGAACAAUAUCGCAUCACCUGACGUUCCCUUCACACUCACUCACGGAGAUUUUCACGCCAACAAUAUUCUAUUUAUGAUCGAAAACAGGCAGCCUCGGACAAUUUUCGUCGAUUGGGCCCAAGUCGGCGUUGGCUGCCCCUUCACAGAAAUCGCCCAGUUUAUGAUUAGCAACGCCACCAUAGAGUUUCGCCGGGACAACGAGCGACAUCUGUUCGAUGAGUACUACUCUCGAUUGAUAAAGCUGGGAGUGGACUCCAAGCUCUUCCCGAAUGAUCGGUGCUGGGAACGCUACAAGUCCGGCGGCAUAGAACGAUGGCUGCAGCUACUGGUUCUUCUCGUGUCUGCCAAUCUGCCUGAACGUCCCCUUAUGUGGUUUAGUAACCAGGUCGAGAGUUUUCUCCGAGAUCAUUCAUCUUCGGUGCCCGAGUGUUUCCGGACGGUUUAUCUGUUCCCUUUGUGACAUGAAAUCAGAUUCUUUGCAGGCCAGGAUUCGCAAUUUUCAUUUUCAUCUUGCACCACAAUGUCGUAAUCACUAGAGCCUCUCGACCCACUCAUCGUCGUCCGCUUUGUAGAGAAUCGCUGUGAAUAAGGAAUGCUUUGAGAAAGUGGAGGCUGGUGGUUCGAGUACAUGUAUAAUGUCUUUGUUUUCCAGUAGGCGAGUCGACCACUGUUUUGCUUGCACAUGUGGAGCAUUUUAGGGUCUCUCCUCGACUCUCAAAAUGAGGUCUGUGGGACGAUUGCAAUCUCCCCAAGGCCAGAAGACUACAGCAGGUCGCGUGGACUGAUCGCCCCAGAAGCUUCUGUCACAGUGCCAGUGGAUAGUUUAUCCACUACGGUGAAGCUUGAAGUUUGUAAUCACAGUCCUAUGUACACCGAAUUUCUAGGAUUUCUGGUGCGUGACAUCUUCGUCAGCAGGAUGUUGUCUCAGCUUGGAAUUGCAAUUGGAUGAUGCGCGAAAAUUUUGGGGGGAUUUGAAGGAAGGGACUCAAGAGUGUGAUUCUUCACAAUCGGCUGGCUGGGGACUAGAGAUGUGAGUGAGGUCCAUCAGUCCUGAGAACAACCAUAAAGUAAGUUUACACCCGAGCAUCAGUAUCAACAACUUAAGUGGGAAUCAGCCACUCUUCCUAAAUACUUGUAGCUGAACUUAAUGAUUGAUGACACUUGGUUCAAUAACAAACAUUUAGGCCGUGUAUACAUCUAGCCUUAGAGAAGUGAAGGAGGAAAUGGAAUCCCAAAAACAUCCUACGAUACGUCUGGGACACAUCGAUUGUAAGACCGACAUUUACUUGGAAGGAAAUUAGAAAGAAAUAAUCUAUUCAAGG